AUGCGGUACGCGAACAAGGCCUAUGAGAGCGCAUCUGCAUGUCUCUGUGCAGACGCCGAAGCUGAAACCGCUGCGGCCGAUGUGUCAUCGGUUGCUAAAGCGUCUCAGCCUGGAUCACCUGGUGAUGCAGACGCUCGUCAUGAAGACACUCCUGUCUUUACAGAGUAUGAGCUCGGAGUCUCAUACUCUCCUGAUGCGGAAGACGGAUCCGUAUCGACGGCGAUCGAAUCCAAGCCACCUGCCAAGCGUGGCAUGAAUGAUGCUAUGCGUCGCAGCAUCUUUGGUUCAUCUGACGAAUCAGAUAAACCAUCGGCAAAGCGAAAGCGCUCGAGAUCGCAAGGCUCGGGCGAUCACAGUGAUGUCGGUUCUCCUGUUGACAUCACUUCGCAACGAGUUGCCAGUACUUCUGUCGGCACGUCGCAGGAAGAGCGGGACCGCAAUGUGUUGCGUCUCGCUCCCGAAAAGAAGGCAUGGCUGCCUCCUAAGUCAGUCAUGGAUCACUUGUCGGCGACGACAAGUGAUCGUUAUCGAACACGGUUGUUCGAUCCGUCAAAGAUCCAUCACCUUGACCCCAGCGCGAAAAACUAUCGCGCUGAGCAUGAGUUCUUUAUCGAUGGUUUCUUUAAGCAUCGAUGGUACAGUGGGAAUCACAAACGUGAUGGUCCCUCACUGCUUCAAGCGUGGAACGCUUACAUCCCCAACCUUGAGGAUGUAGGUCGUGGCGUUUGGAACGACAAACUGAUUAAAGCUCGUGAUGAGUUUGAAAAGCGAACCCCGACAGGUGCACGCUAUAAGCUGCAUCUUCUGUCUAGGGAGAGUAAGUUACACACAGUCUCUCCUGGGGAGACCCGUGCCCUUGUUGUGUGA